AAAUGCUAGAACCUUCCGAGAGGUUGGUUGAAAAAUACCUUUUGGCCAAGAAUUAAGAAGUGGAGUGAACUGUAGUGCCAGAUUGCCGGCCUUUAAUUUAAUAUUGUAAGUCUCUUUUUUUAUCCGAAUCUGAGUAUAGUGCAUACGUUAUAAAAGGUCUAAAAUGGGCCCAAUAUCCGAGUACGUAUUCAAAAAUGAAUACAAAUACCACGACACCCCUGAUGGUCAGGACUGUUUCAAGAAACUUUGGUACGUUACGAAGUACUCAACCUUGUACGGUCUCGUGGGGUCUUCGAUAGAGAUCCUACUCAACUCGCACCCAAAGGGCUACGCUGCGACCUUCGCUCGAUACGGAUUUCUGACAGGAUCACUGGUCGGCAGUGUGGUCACUUUCUCAUCGACAUCUUGCAUGUUCACCAACUUGAGAGGAAAGGACGACAGGCUCAACUAUGGCCUGGCAGGAAUAGCCACCGGCGCGUUCAACGGGGCAUGGAUGAAGAGCGUUAAAGUCGGCUCGUACAGCGCUGUAGUCUUCGCUGUUGCAGGCAUCGUCCUGAAGGAUUUUGUCAUUAACAAAUGGGAGCUAUUCCCCGACGCUGGUACUCCAAAAGAAGUUACCCAUACCUACUCUUCAUUCAGUAAGGAUUUCACACUUACAAAAGAUCCUGGCAGGACAUGGAAGACCCCCAAUGAAGUUUAAAAAACAUAAAAGCCAGUUUUAAAAAAAUGCUAGUAAUCUGUUGUUGCAAUUUAAGUGUACUGUUGUAAAUAAAAUUAAAACAAAA